AUGGCGGUAAUAGCAUCACUAGGCUUCAACCUCUUCUCCUCUCUCCCUUCAAACCCACCACCAAACGACCCAAACCCCAACGCAGCCUCCACCUCAGCUUCUCCCCCGAUCCCAAUCCCGAAAUACCCGCCUCCGAUAAAAACGGCGCGAAAUUCUCCUCCUCCGCCAAACCCGGCCCUCAAAAACUUCCACCGCCGCACCAAAUACUACAAGCCCGUCCGCGACGGCGUCAUCACCUCCGACGGCGACCGCGCCGUCGUCAUCGGCGAGAACGGCCUGUCGUACCAGCUCCCCGGCGCGCCGUUCGAGUUCCAGUACAGCUACUCGGAGACGCCCAAGGCCAAGCCUUUGGCGAUCCGCGAGCCGGCGUUCUUGCCGUUCGCGACGCCGGAGAUGCCGCGGCCGUGGACGGGAAAGGCGCCGCUGAAGAGCGCCAAGGAGAAGAAGAUGAAGCGGAAAGUGCCGCUCUUUGACUCGUUCAACCCGCCGGCGCCGGGGACUAAAGGAGUGAAGCGGGUCGAAAUGCCCGGCCCGUUUGACCUUGGGAAGCGCCCGAAACCCGGAAAGACGAGGGAGGAGAUUCUCGGCGAGCCGCUGAAGAAAUGGGAGGUUCAAAUGCUCGUUCAGGAGCAGAUGUCCGAUAGCCGGCAAGUCAAUCUCGGAAGAGAUGGACUGACGCAUAACAUGUUGGAUUUGAUUCAUUCGCAUUGGAAGAGACGCAGAGUUUGUAGAGUUAAAUGUAAAGGUGUUCCGACUGUGGAUAUGGAUAACAUUUGCCGCCAUAUUGAGGAAAGAACUGGGGGGAAGAUCAUUCAUCGAGUUGGUGGUGUGGUGUAUCUUUUUCGGGGAAGAAACUAUAACUAUAAUACUCGUCCGCAGUAUCCACUGAUGCUGUGGAAACCAGCAGCGCCGGUUUAUCCUAAACUGAUCCAAGAGGCUCCAGAAGGAUUGACAAAAGCUGAAGCGGAAGAGUUGAGAAAGAAAGGGAAAAGACUAUUGCCUAUAUGUAAAUUAGCCAAAAAUGGAGUAUACAUCACCUUGGUUAGAGAUGUUAGGCAUGCUUUUGAAGGAAGUUCUUUAGUAAAGAUUGACUGCAAAGGGAUGCAUGCAAGUGAUUACAAAAAGUUGGGAGCUAAGCUUAAGGAAUUGGUUCCUUGUGUGCUGCUUUCUUUUGACGAUGAACAGAUAUUGAUGUGGAGGGGACCAGAUUGGGUUUCAAUCUCGGGGACCAGAUUACCUUCAGCAUAUUCUGAUGUUUAUUCUGAUGUUGAUAUUAUAACAUCAAAAGGAAGAGUUAAGGAUGACGAUGCUUCUAGUAAGCCAGACACGAAAACAGUGAUAUCAAGCCCUAAAAUGAUGUCGCUCUGGAGACGCUCAAUUGAAACUAAAAAAGCAUUGUUGCUAGAAGAACUUGACCUUGAUCCUGAUGCUUUGUUGGAGAAGGUCGAGGAAUUCGAAGGCAUUUCACAGGUCACAGAGCACUCCUAUCCAGCAUUAAUCCUCUCAAGCGAAGAUGGCACCAGCAACGCAAUCCAAGUGUAUGAAGAUGCUCCUCCAAAUGGCCCUUACAGUGAAUACGAAGAAGCCUACAGUGAUGACAACGAUGACGAUUAUGUAUACGAGGAUGAUUCCGAUGACGAUGCAUUAUACGAUAGCGACUCAGUCCCCUUGGGGUCAUUACCGAUUGAUGUAAUAGCAGAGAAACUCGAUCAUGAUUAAAUCAAAUGAAGUCUGCAAGACUGCAAAUGCAGCCUCCUGUGUUC